UGUGAUCAAAGCUUUACAUAUGAAUGUGUAGGAGAAGAAAUCUGCUGAUAAAGAACAGUAGGGCCAUAUUGACCUAGAUGAAUGAUGUGGCCCAUGGGCCUCUAGUUUGUGAAUUCCAGUAGAGGAUUACUCUCCUUAUAUAACAAAUUACAUUCUAUAUCCUAACAAUGACUAUUUUGCUUUCAGGAGAUCAGUUUCAACCUCUAAAGUCCCAGCUUACAAGACCUUGGUCUGAAUUAGCGAAGUCUGCAAAGUAUUACUAUAUCAGCAAGGCUAAAGAAGCUGUAAUGAUAGUUCUGUCCAUCAUUGCCCCAGGACAAGAAGACACCAUUCUUGCCAAAAUCUGUCCAACAUCUGAAAAUGAGAGCAAAGAAAUAGACAAAGCCACAAAACAGUUGAUAGAUGCCUAUCAUGCCACAUCAGACAGAAAAACACAACAGCAGAUCCUGUCAUUGUUUGUAAACAACUUUACAAAGCAAAAGCUUCUUCAGCUUAUACCAUCUCUUACACAGUCCAAAAUUGAUGCAGCUAGAAAACAUGCCUCAGUCAUAGGACCAGGACAAAUGCUGAAUCCACCAAAGAUAUACAGAGUAUGUCUGACCAGACCAAAACUGCUGCAUUUUAUUGAAUAUGUAUCUAUGCCCUCAGUUUCCCAGGUUCUUGGUUUUGGUGCCACACAGCUACAUUUGUCAAGUGGAGAAAAGGUGCAGAUUCCAAAGGUCAUCAGAAAUGCUGUGAGUGCCAGAAUCAUUGCAAACUAUCAAGAGUAUUGCAAGGAAUCAGAUUUCCAAACUUUUAGCCGUGCUUCAUUGUACAGAAUCCUCAAAGCCUGUCGAGCAUCAAAAAGGAAAGCAAUGCAUGGACUUGACAACACCACAGCCCUUGGAAUGGAUGCCAUGGAGUCAUUACACAAGGUUGUGACACGACUUGGUGAAUAUGGAAUGGAGACAGAGAAAAAAGAGAAUCUGAUUGACAUGAUCAACAUCUGUAAUCAGCAUUUGAAAUUUGAUGCAAAGAGUCAUUUUAGCAGAAGUUCAUCAUGCAGUGAUCAUUGUACAAUAUAUGCCCUGAGUGAUCCAGCAGACACAUGCUUUUCAAGUAAUUGUGACCAUGAACAUUCAGACACUUGCUCUUAUUGUGUUUUGAUAGACAAACUUACAGAAUGCAUCAAGGAAGCCAUGGAAACAGUUCAAAUACCAUCUGAGGAUUUGAUGGAGGAAUUGCAGCAUGAAAUUGUCAUGACCACAAAAGCCAUCAAGGACUGGAAGGCUCAUCUUCUCAGAACUGUUCAUCAAGACUUUGCAAGAUCAGAUGUCUUACAACACCUUGACCUAAACCAAGGACUACUGAUAAUGGAUUGGGCCAUGAAAUUCCUUCCUCUCCAGUACAGAAAAACACAGUCAAAUUUCUUUGGAAAGAGGGGGAUUAGUUGGCAUAUAUCCUGUUUAAUUACCCAGAGGAGUGACCCUGAAGCAACAGCUAGCACCUUGCCAGACCAUUACGACUUGAACACCUUUAUCCAUAUCCUCGAGAAUGGAAAUCAAGGUUGGUUUUCUGUUGCUCAUAUCAUUAUGCACCUCCUUCCAACUCUGUCAGAGCAAUUUCCAAACCUUCAAGAGAUCUUCCUAAAGACAGACAAUGCUGGAUGCUACCACUGUACACCAUUAAUUUCAUUUGUCAGUCAGAAUUACUGCCAUUUUCCUAUUACCAUCAAAGAGUUCAACUUCAGUGAAGCGCAAUCUGGGAAAGAUCUUUGUGACAGCAAAACUGGUUCCUGUCGAAUGCAUGUGGCCCGAUAUCUGGAUGAAGGAAAUGAUGUUCUGUCUGCCUCAGACUUGAAGAGAGCUUUAGAAAGCAAUCAUGGAUUGAAAGGAACUAAAGCCUGUGUUAUCUCCAUUGACAAUGCAGAGGAACCAAAAAUAAAAUCCAAAAUCCCUCAAGUCAGCCUUCUGAACAACUUCGAAUUUAACAUGGAUUCAAUAAUUGGGAGAAAGGCAUACCAGGUUGGUUGUGGAAGACUCAUUGAGACAAAACCCCUGAAAAAUCAACAUCUUGAUGUGAGAGAAAUGAAAGGUUUCCAGGUUUUAGAAGAAUUUCCGUCACAUGCAGUUGAUACUGGACAAGUUUGUGUGAGAAAAAGAAACCCUAACAACAGAAGUGAAGCUGUCGAUGAGCAGGACCAGGAUCAGACACAACUGGAAAAUGAAUUGUAUGCCUGUCCAGAUCCCUCUUGUCAGAAACAAUAUCUGAGGUCUGCCAAUCUCGAGAAACAUCUUGCUCUGGGGAACCACCUGUACAGAAAAGCAGAGGAAACUGGGAUUGAUUCUGGAAUAAGAAUCUGGGCUGAGAAGUGUUCGGCUAUUCGCGACAAAUACACUCACAUCUGUGAGACAGUAUCCUCUCACAGUGAUGAUACCUGUUCCCAAAGUUCAGGAGGGUGGGCAUUAAAAUCUGUAAGUAAAUGCCUCAGGUUCUCGCUAAAUGUAAAAGACUAUGUAAAGCAGAUUUUUGAAAACUGUGAGAAGACAGGAAAACGCCCUAACUACGCAGCCUUAAGUGGAGAACUUAAAAAAGCUUCCAAUGAAAAUGGUUGUCGCCUCUUCAGGCCACAUGAGUGGCUGACUGCAAAUCAGCUAAGAAACUUGUUUGCAUCUUACAUAAAUAAUAAGAAGAAACAGUGCAAAGUCAGAGAGGGACGUACAGAUUUUUCAGUUGAAUUAGUGGAUACAGAGAGCAUUGUGAAUGAUGAACAUCUCCAAGAAAUUGUCAUGAAUCUCAAGGCAGAAGAACAUCAUCAGAUUUUAUCAGCUAUGUAUGAAAAUGUGUUGAAUGCUGUAAAUACAUAA